AUGACAGGCCAUUUAGAUGAAGUUGAUCGUGAAUUCAUCAAAAGUCUGUUUCCGGAAUACUUGUUAGAGCAACCUGUGGCAUAUGAUCUGUUGUGGAUUUACCGGGAAAAUAAAAAGAUAUUCUGCAAGACGCCGUAUUUCCACCAUUCAAAAGAUGAAGAUAGGAAUGGACUAUUAACGUCUUCGAUACUUCCACCAAAACUGUCAUACAGGACAAAGAAAGAAAUUUGGCAAAAGCUCAUGAAUCUGGGUGUGCUAGGAACUCUAUCUUUUGAUGCGGCCAAUGAUGAAUACCUAGUACAGGCUUAUAAAUAUUUCUACUCUGAUAAUAAUAAUGAAAAGUCACAUAUGAAAGUGCCCGGCUCUGCAACAAAGAGUAAAUUUAGCAAAGACAUUAAGAAGACCAUGAAUGAAGCGGAUGACUCCUUACAAAGAGUGCACGAUGUAUUAGAUCAGUAUUAUCUGAACUCUGUUAGUGGGGAAAAUAUCAAUGUGGAUUCCAGUAUAGAUCCAGUCGAAAGACAUUCGGUGAGAUGGAGAGAUCAUGAUGACAUUCAUAGCGAAUCGGAACGAGCAAACGAAAGAGACGAAACUGAAGCAGAAGAAGAAGCAGAUCAAAUUGAGGAUGAAGAUGAAGAUGUAGAAGAAAACUCAAACGAUGAAGACGACGACGACGACGAUGAAGAUGAGGGUGAGGAAGAAGAUGAAGAUGCAGUUGAUAUAAGUGAAGAAGGUCAAGAGCGCGAUCUACAAACUACUUCUGCCAGAGACUCAAUCGGAAGCUCUGAUAGAUUAUCUAGAAGGGCACAUUCAUAUUCCGCAAAAGAUAAUGCCUCAAGAUUAUACCCAGCAUUGAACACUCAGAAAUAUAUGUCGAAGAAGAAAAAUAAUUCUACAACUCCCAAUGUUUACAAUCUUAUGGGAUACUUCUUGCCUACCCAAUGGAUGCACAAGGAGAAUAACAGUAUUUUAGUAUCCAGCGAUGGUAUCACUGAGUUGAGAGCGAAUCCAAACUGGCAACCAUUUAUCUCCAAUGACAGAGGUGAUAUAUUUGCUAGAAAUAGGUUGAGAAAUGCUCUUACCAGCUCUCAAAAAACAGAAUUUGUUACCACUUAUGCGGAUGAAAUAGUCUCGAAUAAAAAAGUUGCCAUAUUUUAUUAUGAGGUGCGGGUCCUUGAUGUAACAAGUUCUAAAAGUGCCCAUAAUAGUAAUAUUGUCGUCGGAUACAAAAUUGCGAAUGACUCCGAUGAUGAAAUAGAUCUAGAAAAAAUUGACGAGAAGGCAUUGCUUGAGCUGGUAAAGAAUUUUGGUGCAGGGGAUAAUAAUGAACUUGGUGGAUUGGCUGAUAUCGGUGGUACAUUAAUGGGUAGAGCUGACUCCACUGCAACUGAUCCAGCUCCGGGACUGGCAAAGAAAAAUACCUUAGAUGAAACUUUCGUUGGAUAUUGUGGUUUAUCGGGUAACAUCAGCAUUACAUCAAAAGAAAAGCCAUAUUCAAAGCCUUAUGGGAGGGAUGAUGUUAUUGGCUGUGGUAUAAACUACGUUAAUGGCUCUGUAUUUUUCACAAAGAAUGGUGUCUUUUUAGGUGAGGCUGUCUCGUCAUUAAUGAAUGUAAAUGCCAUACCAUACAUUGCUCUAAAGUCGGGAAAUUCUGUUCGUACCAACUUUGGCUUAUACGAAGAAUUUGUUUUCGAUAUAAAUCAAUAUCAAAAGAACUGGAAAAGGGUUGCUUAUAAGAAUAUAUUUAAAGCCUCCAUUACAUCGCAUCAAUUCCCCGACACUAAAAACACACUUAUUGAUGAAAGUCAAAUGGAAAUAGAUGAUGAUGCAGAUGAAAGCCAAUUAUCUUUGCUACAAAAAGGCCUCAUUCUGGGGAAGGAUAACAGGAUUUCAGAAAAUAUGGUUCUGAAACCAGAUGAUCUCUUACUAAACACCCUCAAUACACAAGAUGGAUCCAUGAUUUCUAAUCUAAAUGUAAUGAUAAAUGAUUAUCUGAUACACGAGGGACUCAUUGAUGUUGCCAAAGGAUUCUUAAAGGAUCUACAAAAAUUUUCAUUAACUAACCCAUACGAUAAUCAAAUUCAGAUAGAAGAGCGUGAGAUAAUAAAACAUAAUGAAUCUCAGAUUAUCAGGGAAGAAAAUGUUUUGAGAAUUAGACAGGAAUUGAGAAAAUUGAUCAACCAGAGAGAAAUAGAGAAAUGUAUAACGUUUCUGAAUGACAAAAUACCAGAUUUGUUAGGGAAUAACGUUGAACUUCAUUUUGAAUUGCGUGUGGUACAAUACUUGAUUCAACUAUCAAAUUCACCGAAAAUUGAUUCAAAUAUUCUAAUCGAAGCAGGGCAAAAUCUAUCACGUGAGUUUGUUUUUAAUAAUACAAUUCCACAAGAACUUAGAGAUAAAUUUCAAGACCAGCUAAGCAAUGUUUCGUCACUACUUGUAUAUGAAGAUCCUUUGACUGAAGCACCUGACGAGCUGUCAUACUAUUUUUCCCCCGAAUAUCUGCAGGACAGACUUUUCCAAUUAACAAACUCCACAAUCCUAAAGCAUAUGAAGAAAAGUAGUGAGUGUGCUCUUGACAAUAUAGUUAGCUACAGUAGAGCGAUGUCAUUAACUCUAUUAAACCUGAAUGCCAAGGGAAAGGCUACUGUGUAUGAGGACGAUGACGCCAAACUUGUUGAUACGGCCAGAUAUUAUAAACUAAUUAAUAUUGACGGGGAUCUCCUAAGUUUGUGA